GCCACAACAUGUUUGCGUCAGUUCUACCACAGCUGCAGAGUGUUUCACACACUUCUUUACCAAAGGCACAGAAUCUGACCUCAGGCACCACACACCCAACAAUGGCUGAGUAUCCUGAUGAUUACCUUUACAAUUUUUUCAAUGACACCAGUCCCAUAAUACCAGACAGCGUCGUAAACGGAGAGGUUCCUUUAUGCAAUAAAGGCAAUGUCAUCCAGUUUGGCGCAGCAUUUCUCCCAGCCUUCUACUACACCAACUUCUUGCUGAGCUUGGUGGGGAACGGACUGGUGCUGUACAUCAUCUUCAAAUAUGAGAAGCUCAGCACGGUCACCAACAUAUUCUUGCUCAACCUCGUCAUCUCGGACCUGAUCUUCGCCUCCAGCCUUCCCUUUUGGGCGGUCUACCACAAGUCAGAAUGGAUCUUUGGCAAAGGCCUUUGCAAGUUGGUGGGAAGCUGUUACACCAUCGGCUUCAACAGCUCCAUCCUCUUCCUCACUCUCAUGACUUUCGACCGCUACCUUGCAGUGGUCCACGCCAUCUCUGCAGCCCACAGGAGGAGAAAAACGUACGCGUUCGCGUCGGCCGCCACUGUCUGGGCGCUUAGUGUAUUUGCUAGUAUAAAGGAUAUAGUUCUAUAUGAUGUGAUGGCUGGUUCAAAUGGUUUGCUGUGCGAAGUGACUGGUUACCACCAGAAUAUCCUCACAAAGUGGGAGCUGGUUGGCUAUUAUCAGCAGGUUCUUCUUUUCUUCCUAGUGCCUCUGGUUAUCAUCCUGUACUGCUACAUCCGUAUAACCAUCAGGAUCAUGUCCACACGCAUCGUGGAGAAGUUCAGGGCAGUCAAACUCAUCUUUGUCAUUGUCUUCACCUUCUUCAUCUGCUGGACACCUUACAAUGUGGUCAUUCUGUUAAAAGCCAUCAAGACGUCAUCUGGAGACCUGGACAAUUGCUCAGAAGCCCUCGACUAUGCGCUGUACAUAACACGUAACUUUGCCUACCUGUACUGCUGCAUCAGCCCUGUUUUUUAUACCUUUUUGGGGAAGAAGUUUCAAAGCCAUUUUCUGAAACUCCUGUCCAAGCGUAUACCUUGUUUGAAGAUCGAUACCUUGAUGUCAAUGCCAAGUAGUAAAACCACAUCAAUCAGGAGCCCAAACACUGAUUACUGACCAUUUAUGUGACCUUUACGUUUUGUUCGGAAAUUUGUUGUUAAGAGGACACCAAUUAGAGCGCCAAGAGAAAGAAAAAAACAUAGAAUCCAAGAUGCAAUG